AAAACCUGCACCUUUAAUUUCUUUCCAAUACAGCCUUAGAUUUUUUGGCCGAAACAAACCCUAAUCUCUCAGCAGCUGCAGAGCAGUACUCGUUCUUCCAUCUCUCUCUCUGGCGACCGGUGAUCGGCCUUCGCAACACCUUCUUUGGCAACAUCUCCGGCUGCGGUUGCCACAUCGUCGUUGAGGUUGAUGGUAUCUGAAGCAUUGUCUACUAUUGGAUUGAAUAAAUUGGGUUUGUGAAAGAUGGCUCAGAUUCUGCUUCAUGGGAAGCUUCAUACCACAAACUCACAAUAUUUGAGGUCGAUUGGCUGCAUACCGGAGGGAAUGGAUCCUGCAUCCUCAAAAAGGUUUUCAGAUUUUGCUAUGAGGAAUGGAGGUUGGAGGUCUCCACAAGCAGCCAUAAUCCCUAAUUUUCAUCUCCCUAUGCGUAGCUUGGAGGUUAAAAACAGGACAUCUACCGAGGACAUAAAGUCUCUAAGAUUAAUUACUGCCAUUAAAACACCAUAUUUACCAGAUGGCAGGUUUGAUCUCGAAGCGUACGAUGACUUGGUGAACAUGCAGAUUGAACAUGGGGCCGAAGGUGUGAUUGUAGGCGGCACAACUGGUGAAGGUCAAUUGAUGAGUUGGGAUGAGCACAUAAUGCUCAUCGGUCACACGGUCAACUGUUUUGGUGCAUCAAUCAAGGUUAUCGGCAACACUGGAAGUAACUCGACACGGGAAGCAAUCCACGCAACCGAACAAGGUUUUGCCGUCGGAAUGCACGCUGCUCUUCACAUCAAUCCGUACUAUGGAAAAACCUCGUUGGAAGGUUUGGUUGCUCACUUUCAAAGUGUUCUCCCCAUGGGUCCUUCUAUUAUAUACAAUGUUCCCUCAAGAACUGGCCAAGAUAUUCCCCCACUUGUGAUUCACACCGUGUCACAGAGUCCUAAUUUGGCGGGUGUGAAAGGGAAAGAGUGUGUUGGACAUGACCGGGUAGAACAGUAUACAAAAAAUGGAAUUGUGGUGUGGAGUGGGAAUGAUGAUCAGUGCCACGAUUCAAGAUGGAGCCGUGGUGCUACUGGAGUGAUAUCUGUCGCUAGCAAUUUGAUUCCAGGUUUGAUGCGACAACUCAUGUUUGAGGGCGAAAACCCUUCUUUGAAUGCACGACUCAUGCCUUUAAUUGAGUGGCUUUUCCAUGAGCCUAAUCCCAUCGGAUUAAACACCGCACUCGCUCAACUCGGGGUUGUGAGGCCGGUUUUCCGGCUACCUUAUGUACCACUUCCUUUGGCAAAGAGGGUAGAAUUUGUGAAUUUAGUGAAGGAAAUUGGGAGGGAAAAUUUCGUAGGUGAAAAGGAUGUUCAGGUUCUUGAUGACGACGACUUUAUUUUGGUGGGUAGGUACUAGGUUUGAGGAAAGUUUGGUUUGUAUUUAUUUUUGGGUUAAUUAUAUUGAGGCUCCCUUAAUUAGUAGCCAAUGUCAAUUUACCCUCCUCAUCUAUAAACUCUUUCUUCAACAGAAGUAGACAUUUUUGCGGUUUUUAUAAUUGAGGGGUUAAUAUGAAUUGUUUUAAUGGAUGAGGAGGUUAAUGGAAUAUUCACUAAUAAUUGAAGGGAUUUUAGUGUAAUUAACCUUUUUAUUUUUUGAGUUUGUCCUAUUAGACAAUAAUCUAUGUUUCUUAACUUGGUAGUUAGUUGUUGGA